ACUGAAUCCUGAUGAAUUUUCAACCGACGGAAUCCUCCGAAGUUGAGAAUCAAUCGGCCGGGACAAAAGAAAGGGAAAGUCAAAACGCGGACACUUCCUCCGUCGGCCUACUUGGGCAAUCACCAAACUUUCCCUCACUUUCUCAGGAGCCAAACAGGCUUAAAAAAUGCACCUCCCAUUUCUUAUUCUUCGCCGCCUGCGUCGUAUCUUCGGAUUCUUCAAUCCUUCCAACCAAUUUAGCCUCUUUCGUAUGUCUUCUAAUCCGACCCACUCCCGCCGGCGCUCUCGCCAUUUCUAUUAUCAGCAUUUGAGUCGAUCUCGCUAUAGCGAAUCCAAUUAAGUCGAGCUUUUCCAGAAGCCAUGGACGAAGAGACACCGCUCGUUCUCCAAAGUCAAACCAAAGGGAAGAACCAUGGCAGAGACGUGCACAUUCUGAGCUCGGCCUUCCUGUUGAUUUUCUUGGCUUAUGGUGCCGCUCAGAACCUGGAGAGUACCAUCAAUACUGAGGAUGAUCUGGGGACAAUUUCGCUCGGGAUUUUGUAUUCGUCCUUCACCGCUUUCUCCGUGAUCGCCUCAUUGGUGGUUCGGUUUCUAGGCUCGAAAAAUGCUCUUGUUCUUGGGACUACUGGAUAUUGGUUUUUCAUAGCCGCGAAUUUGAAGCCAACAUGGUACACUAUGGUGCCAACUUCCUUGUACCUGGGAUUUGCUGCUUCAAUAAUAUGGGUUGGGCAGGGGACAUAUCUUACUUCCGCUGCGCGUAGUCAUGCACUUGAUUGCAACUCACAUGAAGGAACUGUCAUUGGGAACUUCAACGGAGAAUUUUGGGGAAUGUUUGCUAGUCAUCAGUUCAUUGGGAACCUUAUCACUCUUGCCCUAUUGAGUGAUGGAAAGGGAGGAAGUAUCAGCAGCACAACUUUACUAUUCGUUGUGUUCCUUUGUAGCAUGACCUUAGGUACCGUACUUAUGUGCUUCCUAGAUAAGCGGGGCACAGAUGGAGAGGAGAGUUUACCAGAUUCUUCAGCCACUCUCUACUCUUCCAUGGUUUCCCUAUUGAAGUCUGUCAUCACUCCAUUGCUUGAUGUUCGAAUGCUGUUAAUCAUCCCCCUUAUUGCAUAUUCAGGCUUGCAACAGGCAUUUGUAUGGGCUGAAUUCACCAAGUACAUUGUGAAGCCAGCACUUGGUGAGUCUGGUGUAGGUGGUGCUAUGGCAGUUUAUGGGGCUUGUGAUGCAAUAUGUUCACUGGCUGUUGGUAAAAUUACCUCUGGUCUCAAGUCAAUCACUCCAAUAAUUUUGGCAGGAGCCUUUAUUCAGUCUAUUAUACUGCUCUGGCUUCUGCUGAAAUAUAGUGUGACUAGUGGAGUACUUGGCACAUUAUACCUUCUCCUCAUUGCCGGAGCUUUGGGCAUUGGCAAUGGAGUGUUCAACACGCAGCUUAGUUCUUUGGUUGGGAUGCUCUUUAAGCACAAUAUGGAAGGCGGAUUUGCACAGCUCAAGCUUUGGCAGAGCGCUUCGAUUGCUGUUGUUUUCUUCCUCAGCCCACACAUCACACUGCAGGCGAUGCUAGUCAUCAUGCUUGCUGCAAUCUGCAUCGCAGUUGCCGGCUUCCUGUGGCUCAUUCUUCAGGUAGAGAGAGCAUUCUCCGAUGCCACUUGAUGAUACAUUUACAUUUAGCAAGCAAUGUAAACGAUACACGGCCAUGGCGAUAAUUGCUUGGCAGUAGUAGUGAUCUCGUCGUCUUGGGUUUGAAACACAACUUGUUGGCAACCAGCAGAGGGUUUAAUUCUUUGAAUUUGGUUGCAUAUAUACAUAUACAUGAUAUAUAGAAUGUAUGAACUGAUGACAAUAUUGAAUUGAGUUGUUUGGAGCAGUUUGCUCUUCA